AUGGCAACUCCAACAACUCCAACAACUCCAACUGCAUUUUUGACUUGCAAGUGUGUUGCAACCAAGUUGAGCCAGCGAGCCCAGAGCUUCACCAAGGGACGGAAAAUAGAUAUUGGAAGAUUUAAAACGCAGUGUUUGAGUGCCCUUUCUGACGGGUCAAAAACCUAUUUAAAUAAAAAAGAUGGCUUUACCCCGGAGUUUGAGGAGGGGGUGAGCUAUGUACACCAAAAACACACUAUAUCAAAUGCAUACGGACAGAUACAUUUGUUUGUGGGUCCUGGAACCCUGAAAUUCAAAACAGUUCCAAUGGAGAUCACAGAGGAGGCAAUGAUGCAGGCCAAACAUGCCCUGUGUCCGGCUUCCCCACUGAUGAGUGGGGAAGAACAGGACAUCUUCUCUCAGGGUGGAUACCUCAGCCUCCAGGGAAAGAUCAUAGAAUUGUGUGGCACGAGGAUGACUAGAACCAACGUCCCCAUUCUGGACAUGCGGCUCCAGUGUGGAGGAAAGGCCUUUGACGUGUCGCUGUGGAGGGAUGAGGCGCUGACGGACCUCUACGUGGGUGACGAGGUGGUGCUCACACACCUUCGUCCCUGCAUUUUUAAGAACGGCCAGAGGAAAUUCCAGUCCUCGGCCUACACGUCUGUGCAGAUCCCUGAGGGCCAGGUUGAGGAAACUGAGGUAGACAUCAUUGGUGUCUCUGAGGUCAACGACACCUGCACAUUCCUCAGCAGUGAGUCGGAGGUAUUCAUUGUGCCGUCAACCGUCUUCUCUGGCAACCCAGACGACAUCAUCGACAGACUGCCAAUGAAACUUGUGCUGAAGCACCUUAACAGACGGGUCCUGCAGAUCCGCGAGAGGGAGAGCUCAGCAGAAUAGCCUGCUCCCUCAACC